AUGACUCCAGCUGACCAUAAUCAAUCUAGCAAGAGAAUGGAGGUCAAGAUGGAAGGGGACAAGGAUAACUGCAGAAGGCAGAUGCAAGAUCUUGGUAUUCGUGUUGUAAAGGGGGGCGUACGUGCGUUGUUCCCUGCGAAAGAAACCGAGUCGUGGUCAAGAGAUCUUGGGAAUGAAUACACCGAGAUGAUGCCGCAGCACAAGUUGCAGAGGCUGCAUCAAACACGGUCCUGUAUGUGUGACCACCGGCGAUCCUGGAUGUCUAGAAGUGUCCUGCUGAACCGGCACGGAGGAAGAAGGCAGGAAGAACGGGACUAA